GACAACUUGUAAAGGUCUGUUACGAAAUGCCGUACAGGAAACAUAUUGCUGUUUUACUCAAUCCUUAACUUAUAUCACCAGUGUGGCCUGUAUGCCUCUCUUCCUCUACUUAUUCCCUUAUGUUGUUUUUUUAUGUACUGUGGGUGUUCUAACGUGAGAUAAUUUUCUUUUUCUUGUACUGCCAUCUUGACCAGGACUCCCUGGAAGAAGAUAUCUUGUAUCUCAAUGGGACGCUCCUGGCUUAACAAAUGAUGAAUAUUAUGAUAUUUGUAUGUGGAGCAAGUAGCUGAUACUGAUACGUAGAGCACAUAGUGACUACUUGUGUUAGCCUCUAAUCUUUUGGCUUUCUUUAAUGACAGUCUUUAAGUCCUGAAACUGUUUUCUAACGAGAAAACAAGCUCCCCUGCCCUCGUGAAUUAAACAGGGCGUACAAAGAAGUGGCUGUAACCAGUGCAUAUCUAGCCAGCACACCUGAGCCCUCUGCAGCUCCGGCCGCAGCAGGCAGAGGACCGCGAACGGGUGUCGAAGGCACUGCGCAUGCUCGAGGCAACUUAAUAUGAAUUUCGCUUCGCGUCUCAAGACCUCUCACUUACAGGUACGGAUUUCAUCAGUUUAUUAUUUUGACGGUUAUUUUUCAUUGGCUUAUCGCUCUUCGGUCGUGUGCUGUAGAGUACCCAGCAUGGGCAGUUAAGAAAAAUAGACUAGUUAUCUGCUGUGUGGAGGACAGAAGGUUGUAAAACCCCAGAGCGUCCUUCCUCUCUUCCAACUCAGGCAGUCCAGCAAGUUUCCAGCACCAUGGCUGAAGAAGACUAUGGCAGCUUUGUGGACUGGGACCAGAUGGGGGAUCUGUCCAAGAGCAGCGGGCCCACCAAGGUAGACUGUAAAGAUCUGAAAGAGUUCAAACAGAUGGCUCGACAGGGUUACUGGGCCAAAAACCACAAACUACGGGCACAAGUCUACCAGCAGCUCAUCAAAGCCAUUCCCUGUCGUACAGUAACCCCAGAUGCAGAAGUAUAUCGUGACGUUGUGGGAAAUGCAGCUACUAAGAAGCCCUCCUCCCACAUCCCACUGCCAGAGUUUGUGGAUGGAAGUCCUGUACCAAGGUACUGUCUGAAGGCAGAGGCAGUAGCCUCAGCCCAUCAGAUUAUCAACUGCCUGGCUGGACAGUUUCCAGACAUCUCACAUUGCCCUUCACUUCCAGCUGUUACUUCUUUGCUUCUGCACUUCAGCGAAGACGAAGCUCAGUGUUUUGAGCACGUCAGCCGCAUACUGGCCUGCAACGAGCCAGGCAAGCGACUGCUGGACCAGACUUUCCUGGCAUAUGAGUCUAGCUGCAUGACUUUUGGUGAUCUGGCAAACAAGUACUGCACAGCCGCCCACAAAUUGAUUGUAGCCACAGCCCAGGAUGUGUUGGAAGUCUACUCAGACUGGCAACGCUGGGUGCUCAGUGACCUGCCUUUCAGCCAUGUGGUCAGGGUCCUGGAUGUCUACCUAGUGGAAGGCUACAAGAUUCUCUAUCGUGUGGCUAUAGCCUUGCUCAAGUUCUAUCGCAAGCAUAAAGCGGGAGCCCAGGGGGGCCAGGGCAACCAGCAGCAGCAAGAUUCUAGCAAAGUCAGGGCGGACAUACAGGCUUUCGUCAAGGGCAUUGCCUCCACCGUCACACCCGACAAGCUGCUAGAGAAGGCCUUCUCCAUCCGUCUGUUUAGCCGUAAGGAGAUCACUCUGCUGCAGCUCACAAAUGAAAAGUCCUUGCAGCAGAAGGGAAUCACUGUCAAACAGAAGCGGCGGAACGUGCAACUGGCACUUAACCCAGACACCUUCUCCUCUGAGAUUGUCAGUGCCAAGGAGAUGCGGGACAUCUGGUCAUGGAUCCCUGAGCGCUUUGCCCUGUGCCAACCACAACUCCUCUUUACCACCUCCACCCAUGGCUGCAGCCUGAACAGAUUCUACUCACAUUGUGAAGGCUACGAACCCACUCUGCUCCUGAUCCGGACCACAGAUGGUGAUGUAUGUGGAGCCUUCCUAUCCACAGAUUGGGAGGAGCGGAAGAGAGAAGGCAACAAAUUGAGCUUCUUUGGCACAGGGGAGUGCUUCGUCUUUAGGCUGAAGCCAGAGAUGGAGCGCUAUGAGUGGGUGGUGAUCCGCCACCCUGAGCUAGCCUCCUCCAUCAAGACCCAGGGUCAAGAGGACACUGCCUCCUCUGAGGAGCAAAACUCAGACAACAAUAGCUUACAGCAGCCAGAGAAACCUGCUGGAGAUCUGUCGCCCUUUCUCUCCGCUCGCCACUUCAACCUUAACUCUAAGAAUACUUCCAUGUUCAUGGCUGGAAACUUUGACUCCAUCAUAGUGGGGGGAGGUGAAGGCAAUGCUCUUUACAUUGACUCAGAACUGAACCAUGGGCGCACUGGCAGGUGCGCCACCUUUGACAACCCGCCCCUGUGUGCAGAGACCUUCCAGGUUUCACUGCUGGAAGUAUGGGGUUUCCAGGAUGCCAUGGCCUCAUAAUGCUGUACACAUAAUCACACACUACACAUUCAUGGAGAUCCAUACAUCAUAGAGACAUGGACACAUUUUAACACGCAAACAUAUUAAAGCAGAGAGUCAUGAUCAAAAAGUCCAGUUAAGUGUUUGAGGUGAAAAACAAAGAUAUGCAAACAUCCCUAAAUCCGUCCGACAAAUUCAUAUAUGAUUAACUAUUUUUUAUUUAUUACUGCAGUUAAUCCACAUUUCAACAUAUGAACAAAAAUGUGAUAUUUUUGAUUGUUUCGUGUUUAUUUUUGUAUUUACAGAUUUGUUUUGUAUUAUGGUGUACUAAUUGUGUUGUGUGGUCAUAUGAAGGAAGUGUCCAGGACCAACUCUAGAUAAAGCCAAUAUAAGGCUCAUCUAGAGGGUUUUUUUCUUUUAUGUUGGCUGUGAUGUAACAAUGUUCAUGCUAAGCUACAAUAUAAUCAAUUUCUGAAUGUAAAUUCAGUACUUUAUGUUCUGUGGUUUAGCUCAGUCUGCCAAAUAUACUGUUUACCAGGCCAUGUUUAGAAACUGAGGUUUACGAUAAAAUGUGUGAAGUCAAGUCUUCAUUUGGUGAUGUGUUUUUAAAUGUUGAAUGAGCAACGCUAGGACGCAGUACAGUUGUACCACGCCAGUAGAUCUUUAGCCAAGUCCUGUUGCAUUUCCCAACACUUUUUGAUUUAUGCUACAUAUGUGGGAGAUCUGCUAAAUCAAUGUGUUAAAUGUUUCUGAGAAUCAGUGGUGAAUUUGAGUGUUGCCAUUUUGCACCAUAUGUCAAAGCUUUCCUCCGAAUAAGUGGCAGUGUCUCCUUUGGUAUAAUAUAUGAAUACUCAUGUGUAUAACGGUACAAACUUUUUUAAAGUUAAAACCCUAAAGGUGUUUUUGGCUUACAAGUAAUGGAGAAAAAUUCAGUUUGCUCAUCCUUAUCUUCUUCUGAUCAUUUUCCUGUUACUUCCGUCCUUUCCCCUGUGAAAAUAGUAACAAAAGAAGUCCAAAAUUGUGCCCUGUUGGCAAAGCGUUGUUGGGGUUAUGCAACCUAUUUGUAUCUGUAUGCCCAAAUACGUGCUCCAGUGAAACAUCAAUUGUGUAACUACAAAUGUAUUCUACAAGUGAAAAUACAGCAAUACGCUUUCA